UGUAUUGUAGGUUAGUUCGAGCCUUCAUGGUACUAAUGAAAGAAGGAGCGGCGUACAGCCGUGCUUCCUGUCAUGUCGAGUGCGGUUAGAGAGGUAUGCCAUGCAGUAUUAAUAUUUAUCCCUCUCGCCCCCCAAUAAUCUUGCCAGUCCUUGUCAUCAAUGUGCCAGUUAUUAUCGUCUCAUCCCCGGGUCUCCCAAUCCUCACGCCACCCCCCCUCUCAUCCUAUUCAUCUAUCUACCUACGUCCCUCCCUCUUCUUUCCCAGAAGUCUGGUCCUCAUUCUAUUCCAUUUCCAUCUCUAUUUCCCCAACCGUCAAAAGAAAAAAGAAAAAGUGCGCUAUCCUAUCCUAUCCUCUCCCCUCCUCUCCUCCUCACAACACAAUCUAUCAUAUCUACUCUCCAAUCCUAGUCUUUGACCAUUGUUUUCAAAUCCUCCCUUCGUUUCAGCAUCUGAGUUAUGCAUGCGUUCUGUAUUCGUAUUCGUACUUGUGCUUGUGCAUUCUUGGGUGCGUAUGGAUUGCUUUUUUCUUUUGAGAGAGGAGGGGAUGAGGGGAUGAGGGCGUAUGCGUUGCUGUGGGGCGUGUGGAGAGCGAAGAAGAGAGGGGAAGGGAGAGGUUAGAGAGAAAGAAUAACUAGAUUGAGUAUCUACCUAUAUAGGUAAGUAAGUGAGUGAUUACCUAGUCAUUUAGGAAGAAAAAGAAGCCGGAAAGGGGGAGGGAAGGG